CUUUUAACAGGAGAACGGAAAUGACACAGAAAUCCGUUGACGUAUUAACCACAGAGUGCGACGGGGAAGAUUAGACAUCCUGGAGAGAAAACACAUCGAGAGAGUCUCGAGAAAUGUCUUUCGGUUUUGCGGGAGCUUUUAUUUAAUUUAAACAGCACCAAAACCACGGUUCCUUCUGCUUCACUGAGUGCUUGCCAGGGUGUUACUGUCCCCAUCCUAGUUUUUUGGAUUUUUUUGUGCGUGUUGGUGUCGGUGUGCUGGAGAGAGGUUGUGUUACUCGGGGGUUAUUGUUUUUUUUUUUUUUUUUUCUCUCUCGCCGCUGUUGGACUUACUUAGCAAGGAAAAGUGACCAUGGAUUUCAACACCAUCCUGUCCAUGGCUUCUGAAAACCAGGGUCUGAGCCACUUACCGGUAAAGCGAUACAGCCUGUCAGUGGGACCCCCCAAAAAGGACCCGAAAGUGAAAGGUGUGCAUUCUGCAGCAGUGCAAGCCUUCCUGAAGAAGCAGCAGAAUGAGAACAAAAAAAAAGAAAUAGAAAGCAAGCGAAAGAAGGAGGAGCUGCUUGCCAAGCGAGUGGAGAUGAAGUCUGACCGGAAAGCACGCGCCAUGGCUUCUCGCACCAAGGACAACUUCAGAGGCUACGAUGGCGUCCCCAUUGUUGAGCCAACUAAGAAGAGGCGUUCGAAGCAGGAGAUGGCACAGGAAAGACGGCGAAAUGCAGAAGGGCAUGAGCGCAGCGGGAUAGGUGAUGAGGAGGAUUAUUAUGAAUACUCACAAACUGAGUCAGAGUACGAGGAUGAUGGGGAAGAGACAGAAAGAAUGACAGCAAGAAUUCCUGACAGAACGACAGUGCGAGAGCCCGAAAAAGCCUCCAAGAAGCCUAUUGCAGCAAAGCCUGCACCUCCCCCCAUGAACUUCGCAGAGCUCCUGAAGCUGGCGCAAAAGAAGCAAUUUGAACCAGUGGAGCUGAAAUCUAUGAAGAAGACUGAAGAAAAGCUAAGGACUGCAGAGGAACUGAAGGAGAUGGAGUUCCUGGAGCGAAAGAAUAAGAAAUACGUCCAGGAGACAGGAAAGGAAGGGAAGCCUGAGAGAGACAGCAGGUCCCAGGUGGUCUCCAGCUCUUCAAAGAAGAGUUUGCCAGACAAGGAUGUAAGAAGCGGAAAGCUGCUGUCGUCUAAAAGUUAUGCUGAGAAGCUCCCUCCCAAUGGCGUGGUGAGCAAGAAACCAAAACCGCCUUCAUCCAGUGAAAGACCUUGUAGUUCGUCUAUUGCCAAGCAGUCUCAGGGGGAUAGGCACAGGCCUGGACUGAUUGGGUCCAGCAAAAGCUCCUCAGGUGCCAGUAGUGUCAAAAACUCUUUAAAACACAGCUCCAACUCUCAUUCCUCUGCCAAAUCUUCUGCCCCUAGGCCUUCCUCAAGUGGGGGUCAGAGGUCCUCUACCAGCAGUGACCUUAACCAGAAGAAAGGAAACUUUCCACCUUCUGGAAAGAUGGUUGGUGCUCAUGUGCGACCUGGAAGCAGUUCCAGCUCUGCCUCAGCGCGACCAGGAAGCUCAGGUCUGGGACGACCAGCAAGUGCGGGUCAGGUCAGACCCACAAGCGCUAAUGGUCCUACAAAAUCAGGAGGCUCAGGGCCUCCACGACCUGGAAGUGGUGCGCAAGCCCGACCAGGAAGUAAUGGUCCUGGCAAUCCUGGAAAUGGUAUGCGGGACCGACCUCGGAAUGGUGAGCCAGGGAGACCUGGAAACAAUCCUCAAGCCCGACCUGGAAGUAGUGGACCAGGCCGACCUGACUGUAAUCCGCAGGGCAGAACUGGAAUUAAUGGUCAAGUGCGACCUGGAAGUUAUCCACAGGCCCGACCAGGAAGUAGUGGUCCUGGCCAAUAUGGAAAUGGUAAGCAGGACCGACCUCGGAAUGGUGAGCCAGGGAGACCUGGAAGCAAUCCUCAUGCUCGACCUGGAAGUAGUGGACAAAUGAGACCUGGAGGAGUGGCACCUGCCCGACCAGGAAGCACUGUGGGCUCUGGCCCAGGAAGGCCCCAAUGCACUGUGGUGUCAGAAACCAUUUCAACCAAGGACUUUGUACCCGCCAAUGGGGUUAGGCUACCUAGACCCCAUCCAGGUCACAGGCCCAUGAUGAGGCCUCCAGGUCCCCUAUUGCCCCCCAUCACCUCCAGCUACAAACGGAAAUUUGACGAUGAUGAGGACGAGUACGAUUCCGAAAUGGAGGACUUUAUCGAUGACGAGGGGGGAGAUCAAGAUGAAGUCUCAAAACAUAUCCGUGAAAUCUUUGGAUACGACCGAUCGAAAUAUAAAGAUGAAAGUGACUAUGCCUUGCGUUACAUGGAAAGUAGUUGGAAAGACCAGCAAAAGGAGGAGGCUCGGAGUUUGCGUUUGGGUAUGAAGGAGGAUGAGGAGGAGUUGCGAUUGGAGGAGGAGAUGAAAAAAAAGGCGACGAUGAAAGCAAAACAAAGGAAACUGUAAAAGGCAGUCAGAAUCCAACCCCACUGACUGCCUGCUGUUACAGUAACUAUUUAUCUGUAGCUAAUCUCUGAGAAUUGAAAUCCAGGAGCUGAGCAGAUUCGCACUAAGGGGCAGAGGAUCACUUCUGCGCUGUGCAAAAGCAACAGAAAAGUAGCCAGCUACAAUCCAGGUUUUUCUACAAACACUGCUAGACAUGGCACUGCGUCAUUUCUUUGCUGGAUAGUGGCUGCAUCACUAUUUCUUUUUGGUACAGAAGAAAAACUGUAGUGUUCAGAUCAGCAAUCAUUUGUGGCAUUCUUUUUAUUAUUGAAAUUCAAACUGGGAAGAAUAUAUUAAUGUGUUUAAGAGGAAUUCUGACAAAUGUUUGUCAGAAAAAAAGAAAUGCAUUUUGACACAGUGCUAAGUUUCAGUUAUAAAAUGAGUUUAUUUUACUUUGCUUAAUAUUCUUGCAAAUCCCCAAAGGUACUACCAGCCUACCAUGUCUGAUAUAUAUAUAUAUAUACAUAUACAUAUACAUACAUACAUACACGCACACACACAGACACCCUCCAUAUUUUCAUAAGAUGUACUUGCAGCGGGUGAGGCUGAUUGCAAAACCUUCUCUCGUAGUAAAUUAACAAACUGUGCUAACUAAAACCUCCAUCAAAGCAGCAGUGGAUCAUACAGUGAAUACGUUUUAACUGACUUCAUCGUGCGCUGUAAUAUGUUCAACGGCAGAAACCAUAAGCCAGCAUACAGGUGUUCAGUUCUCUCAGGUAAAUGACUAAAGGCAUUUUUUAGUUUAUUUGAAAUGCUGUGCCUUAUUCACAAAAUAGUGUUACUUUAAGAACUGUAGCCUUAAUUAAAUCCAAGUUUAUGGUCCUGCCAUUGCUAUACUUUAUAACCGCUAUGGCACUGCCAUAAUUUUAAUUUAAUACAGUUAAAAUUCAGUUUUCAGUUUAACUGUUGUUUUAGAGAGGGUUACAAGCAGUGCUACAGGUAAGCUGCGUACUGGCUGUUUUACACAUUGAAAAAAUAUGAAGUACGUAUUAUAUUUAAAUUCAAUGCAUAAAGACUAUACUAGCAAUUUUGCUGCAUGUUAUCAAGUUUCUUGUACUGCGUUGGUUCCUGGCAUCUCGGUAGUCAAUUCUGAAUAAUCUGCAUGUGGUAGCUACAGAAUGGAUCAGCUAAUUGUAGUCUGCCUGGGAAUUGCCUGAAACUCAUGACCAGUAAGUCCAGGUUUUUAAUAAAAAAAAAAAAAAAAAAAAAAAAAAAAAAAGUACAGUUGAAUCAACUCACCUUCCAUAAGUCUGUAUAAUAAAUACAAUAUGGGAUGCUUUAUAUUGCAAUAGCAAGCCAAUCAAUAAGGAAUACAGUUAUCGUUUUUUUAUUCACUUUUAAUUUUAUUUUUAGGGAGUGUGUCUGUCAACUUUGAAAGGGAGAGCACAAGAGACUGAGAGGUAGAUUUUUUUUUUAUUGCAAGACCAAGUCUUUGUACAGAAGUUAAAAGUAAUAUUAGUUCAAAUGUAAGGCUUUAGUUAAUGCAUACCAUAUAAGUUGGUAUUAAAAUAUGUACUGUAUUGAAAGUAGUCAUAAUGACUUCUAGGUAAUGUUGCAUUUUACUCGAAUAGUGUUUAAAUUGGAGAAUAAAUUAGUCAAUGACCCAAAACCUUAUCUUUACCCUUUUCACAAAGCACUGUUCUUAACCCAAGCGGUUUUAGGGCCUUCUGUCUAAAUCUAAGUAAACGUAGUUGGCAUUUCAGAGGUUUUAAAAGCACAUAGAACACAUUGUCUUGUGUUUUUGGGCUUUGUUGAAUUAUAGUAUGGACUGCAGGAGUCCAAGUAUACCUGUUUUUCCUUGAUUCAAAACUUCUAAAUUGAUUGAGCAGCAGAAAAGCAUAUCCAGUGCUGGGUGAUUUACAUAUUCAACCAACAAUCACCCCCUUCCCACACAAAUAUUUGAGAACCUGUAUCAGUUAGAACUCAAAAAUGGUUUGCAGUCGUUUUAAAAUUUCUGAAAAGGUCCUGAAUUCUGAUUCGGUGGCGGUGCUGCGAUCAGUCUCAAAAGCACAAUGGUUGCUUGUGAAUUACGCUGGCCCAGGAGAGAGGCCACCUGGUAGAUUAUGGGAUAUACUGUUACCAUUUUAGUGUCUUUUAAUUAAUUAAACACAUACACUUUCAUUAAUCGCCUGACGGAAAUGGUUUUAUCUAUUUAUUUAUUUAUUUAUUUAUUUGGUGUCAUUCCUUUUACCCUAUGUGGCAUUGGCCCCAGAACCACAAAACUUGUCUUGGAAAAAGCUUGCUCUGUUCUAACAUCAGUGUCCCACUGCCACUUAAAACAGAGUCAUGGUCUUCUCAUUUAAAUGCAGGUUAAAAGCUAAUCAAAGUGUUGUACAAUGUUGAGACUUUCCACAUGAUAAAGUAGCACAGAUCUUACUCUUGUUCCAGUUAACUGUUCUGCUUCAGUGUAACAGUAAGUGUUUCGGUGGUCAGCUGGAUUUCAUUUCUCAUUCUGAAACCAUCUAUGCAAAUUACCAGCGGUCCUACGGAUGAGAUGUAAAACCGAGGUCCAUUUGUAAGUGACACUGCAGCAGCAGACAUGGUGCAGAGUUCAUCCGCAAAUCUAUAAGUCGCUUUGGAUAAAAGCAUCUGCUAAAUGACUAAUAUAUUUCUUCAGAGGUCUUUCUGUUGAUUAUGUAAAAGUGGGCAGCGCCAAAUAAUUAAUAGGCUUUCUGAACCAUAGUACUUGUUAAACAUUAGAAAUGUGACUUAAUGGGCAUGAGACCUGAUGGUCAAUUGGGAUAAAAGAUGUAUUGUUAAAAUCUGAUAUUAAAAUAAUCGGAUGCAUUCUAAAUUUGACCAUGGUUCCUGGAUUUUCUUCACUAGCAUGACGUAUUACUCUUUAUCAUCCAAUUGAUAGUGUAAUUCUACCACACAGAACAGUAAAGUUACAAAAAUAUAUUUGUUAAUUAAAUAAUUGUACUUUAAUCCUCUUAAAAAGGGUGCAUGUGGUAUAAUAUAAUGCAUAAUGCAUUGUUUGUCUAUUUGGGCAAAAGGUUAUGAGUCUCUUCAAAUCGGCGUGUAUUUAACAGUCCCUGGUUGCUCCUAUUGCAGAGACGUGAUUGUUUUGGCAAUUCAACAAGCUACCACUUGCAAAAGUUAACGAUAUUAACCAGUUCCUGAGAACCCUGAAUGUUAUUUAAACUUGCAGAAGCCUAGUGUGUUCACCAAGUAUUGAAGAAAAGCAUGCUUUACUGACAGGAUGCUAUAAUGAUGUACAUUGAUCAUCUGCCAUUAAUGGCAUGAUCACUGAUGGGAGGUAAUUUGUCAAAUAACAAGAAUAUAUCUAAAAAUCAGCUCUCUUCAUACAUUAUAAUAGAGCUACAAACGGCUCAGUGAAGGUCGGGACAGUUCUAAACUUAAAAAAAAAAAAAAAAAAAAUCUGCUCAAUUCUAAAUAAGCCUAAAAAGGUAAGUGGCCCAUAGUUUUCUCUAUUGGUGGUAGAUAAGGAGAUCCACUUUUUAAAUUGUUUUCUUUUGAUCUGGGUUUAAAGAUAUGUACCCUCAAGUUGACAAAACUGCUCCAAAGCCCAUUCCUACCAGUGAGGACUGCCUGCAAGGAAAGUUUAAAAAUAAAUAAACAAAUACUUUUGUAUCAGUCCUAUAUUUUACCCAUUUCUAUGCCCAUAAAUGUUUUAAAAUAUAUUGAUUGUUUUCAUUUUUUCUAGUUUGACCCUUCUCUAUACUUGAAUGCAUCAAUGCAAUAAUUUGUUUCUAUAUUACAGAAGACUCUUUCAAGAGGUGGUGGUAAGCUUCUUGUUUCCUGACCUGUAAAAACAAUGUCUUCAUUGUCCUAUGGUAGGAAUACAUUUUAAUUUGAUGAAAAUGUGUAUUUGGGUAUUUUUGUGGUUCCUUGUAUUUUUUUGUUAAAAAAUAAAUAACUAAUUAAAUAAAAACAUUGCCAUUCCCAGUACAAGUCUUCAAUCUUGUGACGUGGCGAGUCCUGUUGCUGGUUCUUGCACAGAUGUGUGCAACAGGAGAUGUGUUCUUAGGCAACUGUUUGAGCAGGUAGGCGCUGAGCUGAUCGGGGUUUCCGGAUUGGCUGACAUCGAAGAGCAGAGCGUCUGCGCUGUAGGACUACCUGCUAGGGAUCCCUUCAACUGCAAGAUAGUGCCUGUGACGGCUGUACUCGGCCAAGACCGUCACAAUGAUACAGUCUCACUGGGAGGCAGGGACUUCUGGAGCAACAGCAGCAAGUUAGUUUAGGGGAUGCUGAACCCAAACAGUGGGACAUCUCUUUCUUGUGUGGCAAACUUAUUUGUAGCUUUGUUUUCUUUAUUAAAUCUACCAUGGCUGGUACCUUAGUGUCUGCACCCGUGUGUUAAAAUCUGUGUGGCGUGUCAAUACUCAAUGCUGUGUUUGCCUCAUUAUUAUUCAGUGAUGACCUACACAUGUAAUGAAUCCCCGUUACAAAUCUACAUUUAAUUCUCUUACUGUGUGUGUGUUGCAGAGCAUGUUUGCAUCUCAGCAUGAUAACUCAACAUUGCUACUGAAAUAAAUAUGAAACUGAUCAACCAUGUUAGUGAUGUCAAAUAUGUUUAUUGGUAUAGCUCAGAACAGGAAAAUUUGAAUGACCAGAGUCGCGACACUCCAGGCUACAGCAAUUAAGAACAGAGCACCGGACAAUGCAUUCACUUUAGUUUUGUAUAUGCCAAAACACACCCUUGUAAUGAUGUCAUUUAUGAUCUCUCUUUCCUAUACUUAUGUACUUGUGGCAAAUUUCCAAGCAUCACAAAUAUUCCAUUUGAAUCUGUUAUCUCUGAUAUUCACCUGCCCCACAUGCAAGCAGAGGCCCCUUCUCUCCUUACAUUCCUGAGCUCAGAUACCACACCCAG